AGAGCCAGGCGCCCAGACGCGGACUAGCUCGCGCGGUGCUGGUGCGCCCCGUCUGCUGAGAGCAUCGCGCCGGGGACGCGUGGAAGAUGUCCCGCAGCGGCCCACGCGCGGCCGCCGCCGCCCUCCUGCUGCUGAUCCUGCAGGCGCAGCCUUCCCGCGCGGCCCCGCGCAACGCCUCCCAAGUACUUGGACUACAGGAUCCAAGUGGACCUACAUGGCUUGCUGAGUUCCAGGGUUUCAGAGUGGGGUUGUUUGUUUGUUUUGUACCAGGGAUCAAACUCAUGACUUCGCACUUACCAGGUCCUAAUGGGGAGAAGAGCUGGUCCAAGAAGUACCCAUCCUGUGGGGGCCUGCUGCAGUCUCCCAUAGACCUGCACAGUGACAUCCUUCAGUACAACGCAAACCUGGGGCCCCUUGAGUUCCAAGGUUACAAUGUGUCUUCCAGUGAACUGCUGAACCUAACCAAUAAUGGCCAUUCAGUGAAGCUGUACCUGCACCCAGACAUGUACAUCCAGGGCCUUGACUCCCACCGAUACCGCGCCAUACAAUUGCACCUGCACUGGGGGGACAGCAAGGAGCCCUUUGGGUCUGAACAUACCAUCAGUGGGAAGCACUUCGCUGCUGAGCUGCACAUUGUCCAUUAUAACUCAGACCGGUAUCCUAACUUCAGCGCCGCCAGUAACCAGUCAGGAGGUCUUGCCGUCCUAGCUGUCCUCCUUGAGAGGGGCUCAUUCAAUCCAUCAUAUGACAAGAUCUUCAGUCACCUUCAACAUGUGAAAUAUAAAGGUCAACAGGUACGCAUCCCAGGCUUCAACAUUGAGGAGCUGCUUCCUGAGAAGCCUGCUGAGUACUACCGCUACGAGGGGUCCCUGACCACCCCACCGUGCAGCCCCACUGUGCUCUGGACGGUUUUCCGUAACACUGUGCAGGUUUCCCAGGAGCAGCUGCUGGCUUUAGAAACAGCUCUAUACUGCACAGAUAUGGGUGACCCUUCCCCCAUAGAAAUGGUCAACAACUUCCGACAAGUCCAAAAGUUUGAAGAGAGGAUGGUGUACAUCUCCUUCCAACAAGAACUCCUUACCGACGCAGAACUGAGUAUGGGCAUCAUCCUAUCUGUGGUCCUGGCUGGUGUCCUUGGCAUCUGCAUUGUCUUGGGAGUGGCCAUUUGGCUUUUCAGAAGAAAGAAGAGUAGCAAAAAAGGUGAAAACAAGGGAGUCAUUUAUAAACCAGCCAUCAAGAAGGAGACUGAGACUCUCUCCUGAGGUUCAGGGAACUCCUAGCUAUCCAAGGAAGCACCCAGCUUUGAACACUAUAUAUCUUGGCUCUCUGGACACUUGAAACUCCUCAAGAUGUUCUAUGGAGCUCAACCUGCAAACAUUCCAGACUCCUGGCCUGCAGGCCUCCCCUACCCUUGUGCCACAGCCAUCCAUAGUAUGAUCCGUGGUUGGGAGGAGCUCCUGGACCAGAAGGCAGGAACCUUGAACCGAUCCUCUACCUUUGUGAGAUGGCUGAAAGGUCUGGAUUCUGAGUCACCCACAGGCGGGUUGUUCGUGGUUGGGACACAUUUCCAACAAGAUUUCACCUGAGAUGUUUUCAAGUAUCCUGGAAAUUCUUUAUUCUCCAAGCUUCGCAGUGCACACUCAAAGAUGCACACUCUCUGCUUAGGUGCUGCUUUUGAAACUCAGUUACUUUUUUCACCAGAGGAGUUAACUUCCUUAGAUUUUCUUCUGCUAGAAUUGACAUGUUUUAUAAUAUAUUGGGCCAUUUUCACACUUCUGUCCUUUGGACCAGAGACCUGACUGGACCUUCAAGAAAGGUAAUUUCAAGUUCCAUUUCUUGGUGGAGAUAAGACAGAAAGAGAGGAAAAGAGGUGAGGGAGAGUAAGACAACAUGUAUGGUCCAGAAAAGUCUCACUUUGGAGUCAGCACUGGAAUCACAAGUUGUCUGUUAGGCCACAAUAUGAGAAAAACUGAUUAUUAAGCCCAACCCACCCUCCUGUCUGCAGCUGAGUUUCAUAUUCUAAGCAUUUUAUAAAUAGACUUGGCCUGGGGAUGCUUUCUUGGCUUUGGCCCAACACUGCUAAUUAGAAACUAGUCCAAAACACACCAGAGCAGUGCGACAGCCUUUCAGAAAACUCUGUACACAUGGAUGAGAGAAUAUCGAGAUUGCUGCAUUGGCCUAAGAGCUGGUCAUACAAAGGAAGCCACACAGGGAGAUGAACGGGGCGUCUCUCCCUCUCUCUCCCCCUCAGCACGGCCCAGGCAUCCAGCUUGAAUGGUCCAGAGGAAACAAAGCCAGGGCAGCAGAAGGAAUGCUUCAAGAAUCAACACUGCUAAUCCUGCCAUACACUGAGCUCCAGUUUGCUUCCGGUUCUCUCUUAUUUCACAGACACUGGCCACCGCUGCAGGCAGCCAGAGCCAUGGUAUAGGAAGCGCAGCUACCUUGAACUCCAGUCUCCUGGGGGAUGCACACAGCAGGUGGAGAGGACAACAAGGAGGCACAGCCUGGGGAUGCCCAUGGGGCAGAGCUUGGCCUUCUCUAGUGUUUGCUUUGUAUCUCAUGAAGGUGAUUGUGUCUUCAUUUUGUGUCAUCCAGUAAAAACCUGUAUCUGUUGCUUUAUUUGACAUUCUAGGGUUUUUUGUGCUGACUUCUUCAUCCUGGUUCAAGUUCAGAGCCUAAAUUCUUCCACUGUCAGGGAACUCUCUGAGGGCUUUCCUAACCACCUCUUGGGCAGGCUGGGGGCCUGCAGCAUCCCUCUGUGCCCAUGGCUCAGAUUGGAGGCAACUGUGCUGAUGGUCUGGUUAGCAUUUCCAUAUUUAUUACAAUGAUUGCAAUGAAGCUAUACACUGUAAACAGAAGAGAUUAUAAAUAAAGUAACAUGUUUUUCA